AUGCACAUUGUCACGAUCGCCAACAAGCGUUCUCAAAGCGGAUCCUUUUCCUGCGAUCCCAACGGCAAAAACUCUUCGCCGGAUGCUCAACUUGCGAAACGAAAAUCUUUCAUGUCCAUCCUUCACCAUUCAGUUGACUUCCAAAGUUUGGAUUUUGAUCACCUGAUGGACACGACAUUUUCCUUGCACGACGAACGCCAUAGUGAAGAAAAAGAAGUUAACCAAAAGCCAUCCGGAGUAGAAGCUAUAGUUACUGAUAGUAAAGAUGACGCCAAUGCUGGAAUCGAAGCCUCUGAACGAAAUAACAAGAACGAAGGCAGUGUGUUCAAGACUGACGAUAUAUGGAACCGCGAGAUCAAGCGAUCUCACUCUGUAAAGACUGGCGACGAGGAAAUGGAACUGGGUAGAAAGAAAUGCAUUUAUCAAAAAGAGAUGUCUGAAGGAUUUGAUAUCGAGAUCGCCAAUGCUGGUCACAAAGAGGUAAUCGCCGAGGGAUCUUCCAAUCAUUCGACAAAGCACUUCGAUCUCAAAGCCAAGAAUACAUCCGUUGACCAGGAUCGUCGGCUCUUUAUCUAUUUCUACUUUUUGCUUGGGUUUACAGUGGUGUCAUUUGUUGGGGUGAUGGCUCACGUGCAUUCUCGGUGGUCAUCAUAG